AACCACCAACCAGUUUCGGUUUUCGUCUAAAUCAGUAAUCUUUAUUUAAAAAAUUCACCUUCACCUAUCCAAUCUGGAGAGAACAACACUUCCUAGGAAGUAAUCAGGGGUUACCCAAUUAAGUCCAAGCCCCACUUCUGUCCUAACAAUGGUGAAUGUUUCGCACCUGCACUUCAUCUAGGUACCUAAUGUCGAGUAACCGAGCCUCUCUGAGCCGUAGAAAGGUGCCGUAUAAAACUACCAGGUACAACCACACCGCGACAGUGCAAUUUGAUAGCUCGGUCCCCGCUCACUGUAAAGCAAUGGAUUCGCCGAUUCUCAUAUUAGCAGUGUUCAGUCUGAGCAUAUGUUUAGGACUGACCGAGCAUGGCUCCUAUACUAUUCCCGUGGAGGGAUACGACUCGGAGCUGCAGGACCUCGGCGAGCACGUGGACGUGCCGGAGACCCCCGUGCGGGUCAUCAAGAUCACCAAGACCAUCGCCGUCAAGGUGCCCGUGCCGUACCCGGUCAAGGUCAUAGAGAAAGUGCCAUAUCCUGUCCACGUGAACAGGCCUUACCCCGUCCCCGUGCCGCAGAUCGUCAGAGUGCCCCAGCAGGCGCCGAACCCGCACCACGAACAGCAGAUCCAGCAGCACCAGGCUCUGGACGUCGCUCACGCCCCGUUCCAGAACAUUCACGCCGGCGGGAACUCGUACCGGGUGCAGGAGGGGUCCCCGCACGAUAGCCCGCAAACUGACGAUCACUACGAGGUGAACACGGGCGACGGAGAGGGGUAUAGCGGAGCGCUGCACGCGGACUACUCGGCCGACGGCUCGCCCGGCAGCUACUACGGCGGCUCCGAUGACUACUCCGGUGACCAGGACGGUCAUAACUCCAACGUCGCCUUUAAACAAUUAUUCAACUCGAAAAAAUAAGUUUGGUAAACACUACCGUACACUUAAUA